AUGAGUCUGGGAAACAACUGCGACGGCACGGUCAUGUUCGGCUGUGGAAUUUCUCCCGGAACCAGUGUCGGUACUACUCCUUCAAGCAGUGAGUUAGCAACCAUCACAGUAUCAUCAAAAAUACCAGAAUUUUGGACUGAGAUGCCGAGAGUUUGGUUCGCGCAAUUCGAGACAGUGAUGGCUCCACAAAAGCAAGGGGAUGAUGCGAAAUAUAGCCUGGUCGUAUCUAAACUCGACAAGGACGCUAUACGCCAAAUUUCGGACAUUCUGAUCUCACCCCCAACCACUGACAAAUACAACACCUUAAAGAAUAGACUUCUAUCGGUAUAUGAAGAGUCAGAAGAACGGCAGUUUCAAAAACUAGUGAGUGAAAUGGAGUUAGGCGAUCAAAAACCAUCUCAACUACUACGCCGUAUGAAAGAGCUCGCCAAAAAUACAAAUGUUCCCGAUAAAACGCUGCUUAACUUAUGGACUUCAAGACUUCCACCUCACGUUCGCGCUGUCCUUACCGUCAGUCAAGAUCAACAAUUCGAUAACCUCGCUGGAAUUGCUGAUAAAAUCGUGGAAAAUAGCAGAGGCGACAUAUGUGAAGUAUCCACCAGCCAACCUUCGGUUAUGAUAGAGCUGCUGGCGCAAAUGAAUAAGCUGUCUUUAGAAGUAGCUGCCCUACGAGCUCAAGUCAGUGACAAUAACAGCAACCGCUCCAACUACAGAGAUCGAAGUCGUUCGAGAUCACAAUCUCGCUCGAGAAUAACACCAGACAACCCGAAAUGGUUAUGCAAGUAUCACCUGCGCUAUAGAAAUCGAGCACGAAAUUGUGUCAAGCCAUGCAACUGGAAAAAGCCGUCGGAAAACUAG